AAGAUUUUAAGGACCAUCCAAGUGUUCUUAGAAUACAACAGCAAAGUGUAAGCGGGUCACGCAAUCUUGAAGUAAAACCUAUCACGCAAGGUCAAGUCCUAGCUGCUUUAGAAUCUCUGAACACUAACAAGGCCACUGGCUAUGACAAUAUCCCGGCCAAAGUCUUGAAAAUUGCAGCCGAUGAAUUGGCCAAACCAAUUACUACUCUUUUCAAUUCAUGAAUACGUAACUGUGUCUGGCCAAGAGAUUGGAAGUGUGGAGUCUGGACUCCAGUUUACAAAAAGGAUGAUAAGCACUCCAAGGAAAAAUACCGCCCUAUAACUGUCUUACCGUGUGUUGACAAAGUUUUCGAACAACUAAUAGGCGCACAGGUCUCUACCGGCUUUAAAGAUCGUAUGUAUGUUAACUCAUCGGCUUACCUCAGAGGACAUAGUUGUGAGACAACUCUGAUUCACCUAGUGGAGGGUUGGAGACAUGCAAGAGAUGACAAACUGGUUGUGAGCUUGCUGUCAACUGACAUGUCAAAAGCGUUUGAUUUACUCCAUCCACCACUACUAUUGAGUAAGCUCAACGCCUAUGGCUUUGAGAGCAGUACAGUUCGGCUUCUGGAGAGUUAUCUGUGUGAUCGCAAUUACCGGGUGAAGAUUGGGGACCUUGUCAGUUCAAGUAGGACUGUUAACCGAGGCUGUCCACAGGGAUCCGCUCUAGGUCCCUUACUUUGGAACAUAUUCCAGAACGAUUUGUCGUACUGUGUAACAACUAACUUGUCUAUGUACGCGGACGAUCAUCAGAUCUAUCACACAGGACGGGAUCAGUCUUCUGUUAUGUUAAUGCUAAAGGAAAGUGCACAGCAAGCCACUAAUUGGUACUACUCAAAUCUUUUAGCCGGGAAUUUGAAGAAAUAUCAAACUAUGAACAUCGGACAUGGCCAAAGCGAUAAUAACAUCACUCAAGUGAUCAGAUUAAACAAUCAUGAUAUUGGUAUAACUGACUCUCUCAAAUUGUUGGGUGUCACAAUAGAUUUUAAGCUGAACUUUUCAGGCAACGAAAACAUGAUCUGUAAAAUUGCCGGUCAAAAAAUUGGCGUCCUUAUGAGACUUAGAAACUUGAUUCCGACGAAUGCUAAACUUAUGCUUUUCAAAACAGCAAUGUUGCCGCACCUUAAAUAUUGCCACCUUGUGUGGCACUUUUGCCGAGCCAGUGAUUCUCGUAAAAUCGACAGGAUGCAAGAAAGGGGCCCGCGUGCUGUUUUUAGGAACAAUGUUAGGUACCCUGAACUGCCAAGUUUACAGAACAGAAGACUACAAGACAUUUGUGUUUUAAUGUAUAAAGCCAAGAACAAUCUAUGUCCCCCCUAUAUCAGUGACAUUUUUAUUGAGCAUAGAUCUAAGUAUAACUUAAGGCAGUCUGAUUUCUCCGCUGCCAGGUACAACUCGGUAACAUAUGGCAACACUCCCUCCGCUACUUGGGGCCCAAUCUCUGGGGAAAAUUAUCUCCAGACUUGAGAGAAGUUACCACCUUAAAAUGUUUCAAACACAAAAUACGUACAUUAGAUAUAGUUACACUAAUGCAAGUGUUGUCAUCUCUGCAAUUCAUAGGCAUAUUUGUCAUACUAUAAAUAUUGUUACUGUCAUUAAUUUUUUUAUACCUGCGCUUAUUUGUAAAUACUUUAAUUUAUAUUUAUAUUUAUUUAUUUUGUGUCCCCUAAUUAGCAUAGGUUUUUUUAACCUAAGCUAGGAGGCUUUUUUAGACACCUUAAUAAAGUUUCAUCAUCAUCAUCAUCUUUUUUGUAUUGACUGUCAUGAAAACGAGCCUCGCGUGAUUGGGUAUUUGGUUGUUUGGUUCGUGGAUAAAAACAUUUCAAAGGUGGGAAAGCUCUGGAUUGGGUACUUGACUACGAACUCCAAGAUUAAAUAUAUCACUCAAUUUUCCUGAAAAAAAAUCAUACUAAAGUACAGCGAAUACAGUGAUAUGUGAAUAAAUAGCUAACAACGCAACAGUUGCGUGUAUUGUAGGGUGUUGAGGGCCAUUAUUUUUCUUCCAGACCAAUUCCAUGCUCCCUGUAGUUCUAGCUAAGAAAUAAGGUUUUCUGAACACAAGCUAACACAUCAGUAAAUAAAUCUCUUUCUCUGUCACUACAAACCCGAAAAAGAGACUCACUGAAUAUUUGGUUUCUUUUCUUCCCUCUAGGGAUCUAGGAUGGAAUGAAAUCGACCACAUUCCCUCAGACGUAUUUUCAGAUCUAAAAGAGCUCCGUGUAUUGUGAGUUGAUAUGAGAAUAAGUAGUUUAUAACGUAACUGCUGGAGGUAACUGUCAUAUGAGUAACAUUCUUAAAUCAUGAUGCCAGAACUGGUAUUCUUCACACCUCUAAAAAUCUAAACUUAAAGUUUUGUUGUUAUUAUUAUGGCAAUACAAACGUCUGGAUGUCCAAAGUAAAAAAUAAAAGCUUUGGCUGGGCGGCAAAAUUUGUAGUAAAAAUUAAACAAUAAUUUGCGCAAAAAAAAAAAAAAAAAAAAAAAAAUGAGUAAAAAUGAUUUGAUAAGAGUGUCAUAAAAAAAAAAUAAAACAAUAAAAAAUCCUACAAGCUUUAUGGACGUCUUAAUUAUAAAAUCAAAAUGUUCAUAGGUUAAAUAUCAUCGUUCAUAUAGCUGUCCAUUAAAUAAUGAGAACAUCUAAGGUAUGUCAAUAAAAUUUCGAUAAUGUACAAGAUUAAGUAUCUGUUAAAAUAGGUGUCCAAACUUCCUAAAGACAUCUAACCGCUCAGCUUGAACAUUCUAGCAAUGUGUAAUGAACUAGAGAGGAUUGCCUUUUGCAUUUGGCGCAUAAUUGAUUCAAACUUGAUUCAAAAGCUUUUCAACCUCCUUCGAAAAGUCUUAUUAUUAUUAUUAUUAUUAUUAUAUAGAAUGAUCUUUUCAGUCGAUUUUUCUAGCCUCAACCUCCUUCUGGCGGCGGGGCAAAAGGGAAGGAGAGCUCUUAUUUUGAAUUCUUAUUUGGCAGAGAUAACAUUAUUAUUGUUUUUCAUUUUUUUUACGUUCGCACUCUUUUCUGCUUCGAGCUGAUUGCAAAAUCUGACAGCUCAGUCGACGGGGAGCCACAGGGGAAUUGGCUCCACCUUCUAACGAUGCCUAGAGCCUAUGCAAUAGGUUGUAUUUUUAGAACCCCUGAGGUACUCCCAUAUGGGGGCGGACAUUUUGAAAAACCGGGGUGUUUAACGUUUUUUUGACCCCUAAAAGCGAUCAUUUUAAACUUUGAUUACAAAAUCGAGUAAAUAAAACUCUUGAAAUAUAUUUUUUUUAAUAUUUCUUUCCCAAACCCUAAAAAGGCCUUUUUUUGGCUAAUAGGCAAUUAAUGUGUAUUUGGGAAGAGAGGCCCGUAUUUAGAAAAGGGAACUUUGUAAAAUGCAACUCAAAAUCCAUCUUUCCCAAAAACGUUUCCCAAUUGCAUUGCUCAUCCAAUAACUAUGUUUUUUUCAUUUCACAGAAAGCUUGAAUUGAAUAAAAUUGAAGACCUACCUGUGGGGACGUUUGAAACACUAUCCAACCUACAAAUCCUGUAAGUAGAUCAAUACUUUACUCCAGCGAGUGAUAGAUCCAUGUUUCAGGGCUAGAGCACCUCAUCCUCACUUGUUUAAAGGGAGAAGGAACAUAUAGAUUAUCAGUUAUCGCAAAAUAUCUUAUACACACUUAUUAAUAAGCUUUUUUUUCAUAGUUUAUUUCAUGCGCUCUUUUAAUUACAUGUUUGGGAACCUCAUGUUAUUCUGUGAAUCCAAUUUCAUUCAUUUGCCUAUCAGUAAGGACCGAGGUUCAUCUUUUUCCUAGGUAAUUGUUUUUAAUCUCCCUCUAGUGAUUUUAUAUUGCAUCUUUUGGUUUGUUGUUUUUAAAAGGAAUUUAGAGUCUAAUAGACUGCAGCAUUUACCAAAAGACAUUUUCAAAAAUCUAAGUACUUUGCAGCAACUGUAAGUAUUAAAGCAUCCUCCGAUUUAUUAUACCUGCUCGCAAUCCCACCAUCACUCAACUGAGAAAGCAAUCCACUUAAGAUUAGCAAAACAGGUCUCUUCUUUGUAUUUUGAUAAACUUGAAUUUGAUUCUUAAAUAAUUUCAUGUAUUCCCUUUUUGCACAGUAAAUACCAAAACAUACAAAACAAUUAAAAACUAGACACAUAUAUACAUCACACACAUUCGUGACAUACUGAUACACACACCCCAGAACAUUUUUCCUGUAUUUACAUGUAAAAUAAUGUAAUGUAGAUAUGCGGCGAGAGAAUCGUGUACUAACAUGAUCUGUAUUGCCCCGUUUCAUAUUGUGGGUCACAAACUUAUCGUCUGAUUUAGCAAUCAUUGUCUCGAUUAGGGUCUACAAUAUACCCUUACUUGCGCUAAAUCUAUUGCUUGCAGUGGCCUUAAGCACGUUUUUCGAACUCUUAGUUAUAUAGCAUUUUUUGCUAUUUUGUUGAGGUCCCUUAAUAAUGAACCUUUUUAAACUCAUCAGAGAUUUUUCUGGCAACGUGAUUAAAGAGCUUCACAAUGAGACAUUCAUGAAUUUGCGGUCCCUCUUACGACUGUAAGUAUUAAAUUGGCUUCCUCAGCUUCCAAUGAUUUGGAAUAUUCCUCACAGUAUUUACCUCUGUAAGAGUAGCUAGGAAGGGUAUUUCUGUAGGGAAUAUUAUCGCAGAUGAUGGCACAUUUACCAAAAAAAAUUAUAUUCGAGAUGGAAAGUCGAAAAGCAACAUUACUUCUUGCGUCAUUCUACUGGAAAAGUUUCGGGAGAAAAUAGGUUUUUAUGUCCCUCUUCUUCAAACCUUUUCUUAGUGAAUGGGAAUGAUUUCAGUAAAUCUUCACUUGGCUGAAAUCCUCGCUAAAAGAUAUCAAAAUUAUACUCCUCUUUCAAAAAAAGUUUAUCCCUACCAGUAAAAAAUAUGAUUAGACUUUUGCCUUCACAAAGUUUGCUUUCCCAAACUGAAGCAUAAUAUCCUUCCUGGCUACCGAGGUCAGUGUGAAAUAACUUAUCGGCCCACUCUAUCGCUAUUUAGCCCAUGCAAACAGAAAUUAACGAGACGUUUCUCUUUUGUUGCAAACGGUUCUCCACAUUGAGUAACGAAAAGGUUUAUAACUUUCUUUCACAUCUGAUUUUUUUUCACCUCCGAUGCUUGACUACUCAUUUUUUUCCGAAUUGACUGUCAUGAAAACAGGCCUCGCGCCAUGUGACACAAAAAUUGAUCCGUGAUUGGGUAAUUGCUUGCUUUGGUUCACGGAUCACAACAUUUGAAAAGUGGAAAAGCUCUGGACUGGGUACUUGACUACCAACUCCAAGAUUAAAUAUAUCACUCACUUUUCCUGAAAAAAUCAUACUAUAGUACAGCGAAUGCAGCAAUAUGUGGAAUAAAUAGCUAACAACUUAACAGUUGCGUGUAUUGUAAGGUGUUGGGGGCCAUUAUUUUUCUUUCAGACCAAUUCAAUGUUUCCUGCAGUUCUAGCUAAGAAUUAAGGUUUUCUGCACACAAGCUAACACAUCAGUAAAUAAAUCUCUUUCUCUGUUACUACAAACCCGAAAAAGAGACUCACUGAAUAUUUGGUUUCUUUUAUUCCCUCUAGGGAUCUAGGAUCGAAUGAAAUCGACCACAUUCUAUCAGAAGUAUUUUCAGAUCUAAAAGAGCUCCGUGUAUUGUGAGUUGAUAUGAGAAUAAGUAGUUUAUAACGUAACUGCUGGAGGUAACUGUCAUAUGAGUAACAUUCUUAAAUCAUGAUGCCAGAACUGGUAUUCUUCACACCUCUAAAAAUCUAAACUUAAAGUUUUGUUGUUAUUAUUAUGGCAGUACAAACGUCUGGAUGUCCAAAGUAAAAAAUAAAAGCUUUGGCUGGGCGGCAAAAUUUGUAGUAAAAAUUAAACAAUAAUUUGCGCAAAAAAAAAAAAAAAUGAGUAAAAAUGAUUUGAUAAGAGUGUCUUAAAAAAAAAAAAUAAAACAAAAAAUCCUACAAGCUUUAUGGACGUCUUAACUAUAAAAUCAAAAUGUUCAUAGGUUAAAUAUCAUCGUUCAUAUAGCUGUCCAUUAAAUAAUGAGAACAUCUAAGGUAUGUCAAUAAAAUUUCGAUAAUGUAAAAGAUUAAGUUUCUGUUAAACUAGGUGUCCAAACUUCCUAAAGACAUCUAACCGCUCAGCUUGAACAUUCUAGCAAUGUGUAAUGAACUAGAGAGGAUUGCCUUUUGCAUUUGGCGCAUAAUUGAUUCAAACUUGUCUCCUACAAGCUCUUUUAUAUUUUGCUCAACCUCCUUCGAAAAGUCUUAUUAUUAUUAUUAUUAUUAUUAGUAUUAUUAUUAUUAUUAUUAUUAUUAUUAUUAUUAUUAUUAUUAUAUAGAAUGAUCUUCCUUCAGUCGAUAAAUAGCUUGUGGGAGCAUAUGAGGUUCUAGCCUGCGAGCGAGUUCUCCGGGGCGCUCUGGCGGCGGGGCAGGAAAGGGAAGGAGAGCUUGCAACUACGACGCUGGAAUUUGAAUAUCUGCACGGUCGAUGAGAAAUGCUGAUUGGCAGAGAUAACAUUAGUAAUGACGUCAUUACCCUUGGCACGUGUUUUUCAAUGUUUUUUUACGUUCGCACUCUUUUCCGCUUCGAGCUGAUUGCAUGGGGGCAAUCUGACAGCUCAGUCGACGGGGAGCCACAGGGGAAUUGGAGGUGGAAUUCAAACUCCAGCUGGCUUGCUCCUGUCCGAAAUGCUUUUUCUCCACCUUCUAACGAUGCCUAGAGCCUAUGCAGUCAUAGGUUGUACCAGUCCCCGGCUCGUUUAGAACCCCUGAGGUACUCCCAUAUGAAAGGGGCGGACAUUUUGAAAAACCCCUGAAGGAGACCAAUCUGGGGGUGUCCCAACGUUUUUUUGACCCCUAAAAGCGAUCAUUUUAAACUUUGAUUACAUAAAUCGAGUAAAUAAAACGAAUUGAAUAUAUAUUAUUUUUUAAUAUUUCUUCGCGUGCAAACCCUAAAAAAGGCCUUUUUGGCUAAUAGGCAAUUAAUGUGUAUUUGGGAAGAGAGUCGACCGUAUUUAGAAAAGGGAACUUUGUAAAAUGCAACUCUAAAAUCUUUUUUUUUAUCUUUCCCAAAAACGUUUCCCAAGUACUUGCACAUGCUCAUCCACAUAACUAUGCAUUGAAACUGUUUUCAUUUCACAGAAAGCUUGAAUUGAAUAAAAUUGAAGACCUACCUGUGGGGACGUUUGAAACACUAUCCAACCUACAAAUCCUGUAAGUAGAUCAAUACUUUACUCAAGCGAGUGAUAGAUCCAUGUUUCAGGGCUAGAGCACUUCAUCCUCACUUGUUUAAAGGGAGAAGGAACAUAUAGAUUAUCAGUUAUCGCAAAAUAUCUUAUACACACUUAUUAAUAAGCUUUUUUUUCAUAGUUUAUUUCAUGCGCUCUUUUAAUUACAUGUUUGGGAACCUCAUGUUAUUCUGUGAAUCCAUUUUCAUUCAUUUGCCUAUCAGUAAGGACCGAGGUUCAUCUUUUUCCUAGGUAAUUGUUUUUAAUCUCCCUCUAGUGAUUUUUAUAUUGCAUCUUUUGGUUUGUUGUUUUUAAAAGGAAUUUAGAGUCUAAUAGACUGCAGCAUUUACCAAAAGACAUUUUCAAAAAUCUAAGUACUUUGCAGCAACUGUAAGUAUUAAAGCAUCCUCCGAUUUAUUAUACCUGCUCGCAAUCCCACCAUCACUCUACUGAGAAAGCAAUCCACUUAAGAUUAGCAAAACAGGUCUCUUCUUUGUAUUUUGAUAAACUUGAAUUUGAUUCUUAAAUAAUUUCAUGUAUUCCACUUUUUGCACAGUAAAUACCAAAACAUACAAAACAAUUAAAAACUAGACACAUAUAUACAUCACACACAUUCAUGACAUACUGAUACACACACCGCAGAACAUUUUUCCUGUAUUUGCAUGUAAAAUAAUGUAAUGUAGAUAUGCGGCGAGAGAAUCGUGUACUAACAUGAUCUGUAUUGCCCCGUUUCAUAUUGUGGGUCACAAACUUAUCGUCUGAUUUAGCAAUCAUUGUCUCGAUUAGGGUCUACAAUAUACCCUUACUUGCGCUAAAUCUAUUGCUUGCAGUGGCCGUAAGCACGUUUUUCGAACUCUUAGUUAUAUAGCAUUUUUUGCUAUUUUGUUGAGGUCCCUUAAUAAUGAACCUUUUUAAACUCAUCAGAGAUUUUUCUGGCAACGUGAUUAAAGAGCUUCACAAUGAGACAUUCAUGAAUUUGCGGUCCCUCUUACGACUGUAAGUAUUAAAUUGGCUUCCUCAGCUUCCAAUGAUUUGGAAUAUUCCUCACAGUAUUUACCUCUGUAAGACUAGCUAGGAAGGGUAUUUCUGUAGGGAAUAUUAUCGCAGAUGAUGGCACAUUUACCAAAAAAAAUUAUAUUCGAGAUGGAAAGUCGAAAAGCAACAUUACUUCUUGCGUCAUUCUACUGGAAAAGUUCCGGGAGAAAAUAGGAUUUUAUGUCCCUCUUCUUCAAACCUUUUCUUAGUGAAUGGGAAUGAUUUCAGUAAAUCUUCACUUGGCUGAAAUCCUCGCUAAAAGAUAUCAAAAUUAUACUCCUCUUUCAAAAAAGUUUAUCCCUACCAGUAAAAAAUAUGAUUAGACUUUUGCCUUCACAAAGUUUGCUUUCCCAAACUGAAGCAUAAUAUCCUUCCUGGCUACCGAGGUCAGUGUGAAAUAACUUAUCGGCCCACUCUAUCGCUAUUUAGCCCAUGCAAACAGAAAUUAACGAGACGUUUCUCUUUUGUUGCAAACGGUUCUCCACAUUGAGUAACGAAAAGGUUUAUAACUUUCUUUCACAUCUGAUUUUUUUUCACCUCCGAUGCUUGACUACUCAUUUUUUUCCGAAUUGACUGUCAUGAAAACAGGCCUCGCGUCAUGUGACACAAAAAUUGAUCCGUGAUUGGGUAAUUGCUUGCUUUGGUUCACGGAUCACAACAUUUGAAAAGUGGAAAAGCUCUGGACUGGGUACUUGACUACCAACUCCAAGAUUAAAUAUAUCACUCACUUUUCCUGAAAAAAUCAUACUAUAGUACAGCGAAUGCAGCAAUAUGUGGAAUAAAUAGCUAACAACGCAACAGUUGCGUGUAUUGUAAGGUGUUGGGGGCCAUUAUUUUUCUUUCAGACCAAUUCAAUGUUUCCUGCAGUUCUAGCUAAGAAUUAAGGUUUUCUGCACACAAGCUAACACAUCAGUAAAUAAAUCUCUUUCUCUGUUACUACAAACCCGAAAAAGAGACUCACUGAAUAUUUGGUUUCUUUUAUUCCCUCUAGGGAUCUAGGAUCGAAUGAAAUCGACCACAUUCUAUCAGAAGUAUUUUCAGAUCUAAAAGAGCUCCGUGUAUUGUGAGUUGAUAUGAGAAUAAGUAGUUUAUAACGUAACUGCUGGAGGUAACUGUCAUAUGAGUAACAUUCUUAAAUCAUGAUGCCAGAACUGGUAUUCUUCACACCUCUAAAAAUCUAAACUUAAAGUUUUGUUGUUAUUAUUAUGGCAGUACAAACGUCUGGAUGUCCAAAGUAAAAAAUAAAAGCUUUGGCUGGGCGGCAAAAUUUGUAGUAAAAAUUAAACAAUAAUUUGCGCAAAAAAAAAAAAAAAAAAAAAGUAAAAAUGAUUUGAUAAGAGUGUCAUAAAAAAAAAAUAAAACAAUAAAAAAUCCUACAAGCUUUAUGGACGUCUUAAUUAUAAAAUCAAAAUGUUCAUAGGUUAAAUAUCAUCGUUCAUAUAGCUGUCCAUUAAAUAAUGAGAACAUCUAAGGUAUGUCAAUAAAAUUUCGAUAAUGUAAAAGAUUAAGUUUCUGUUAAACUAGGUGUCCAAACUUCCUAAAGACAUCUAACCGCUCAGCUUGAACAUUCUAGCAAUGUGUAAUGAACUAGAGAGGAUUGCCUUUUGCAUUUGGCGCAUAAUUGAUUCAAACUUGUCUCCUACAAGCUCUUUUAUAUUUUGCUCAACCUCCUUCGAAAAGUCUUAUUAUUAUUAUUAUUAUUAUUAUUAUAUAGAAUGAUCUUCCUUCAGUCGAUAAAUAGCUUGUGGGAGCAUAUGAGGUUCUAGCCUGCGAGCGAGUUCUCCGGGGCGCUCUGGCGGCGGGGCAGGAAAGGGAAGGAGAGUUUGCAACUACGACGCUGGAAUUUGAAUAUCUGCAUGGUCGAUGCGAAAUGCUGAUUGGCAGAGAUAACAUUAGUAAUGACGUCAUUACCCUUGGCACGUGUUUUUCAAUGUUUUUUUACGUUCGCACUCUUUUCCGCUUCGAGCUGAUUGCAUGGGGGCAAUCUGACAGCUCAGUCGACGGGGAGCCACAGGGGAAUUGGAGGUGGAAUUCAAACUCCAGCUGGCUUGCUCCUGUCCGAAAUGCUUUUUCUCCACCUUCUAACGAUGCCUAGAGCCUAUGCAGUCAUAGGUUGUACCAGUCCCCGGCUCGUUUAGAACCGCUGAGGUACUCCCAUAUGAAAGGGGCGGACAUUUUGAAAAACCCCUGAAGGAGACCAAUCUGGGGGUGUCCCAACGUUUUUUUGACCCCUAAAAGCGAUCAUUUUAAACUUUGAUUACAUAAAUCGAGUAAAUAAAACGAAUUGAAUAUAUAUUAUUUUUUAAUAUUUCUUCGCGUGCAAACCCUAAAAAAGGCCUUUUUGGCUAAUAGACAAUUAAUGUGUAUUUGGGAAGAGAGUCGACCGUAUUUAGAAAAGGGAACUUUGUAAAAUGCAACUCUAAAAUCUUUUUUUUUAUCUUUCCCAAAAACGUUUCCCAAUUACUUGCACAUGCUCAUCCACAUAACUAUGCAUUGAAACUGUUUUCAUUUCACAGAAAGCUUGAAUUGAAUAAAAUUGAAGACCUACCUGUGGGGACGUUUGAAACACUAUCCAACCUACAAAUCCUGUAAGUAGAUCAAUACUUUACUCAAGCGAGUGAUAGAUCCAUGUUUCAGGGCUAGAGCACUUCAUCCUCACUUGUUUAAAGGGAGAAGGAACAUAUAGAUUAUCAGUUAUCGCAAAAUAUCUUAUACACACUUAUUAAUAAGCUUUUUUUUCAUAGUUUAUUUCAUGCGCUCUUUUAAUUACAUGUUUGGGAACCUCAUGUUAUUCUGUGAAUCCAUUUUCAUUCAUUUGCCUAUCAGUAAGGACCGAGGUUCAUCUUUUUCCUAGGUAAUUGUUUUUAAUCUCCCUCUAGUGAUUUUUAUAUUGCAUCUUUUGGUUUGUUGUUUUUAAAAGGAAUUUAGAGUCUAAUAGACUGCAGCAUUUACCAAAAGACAUUUUCAAAAAUCUAAGUACUUUGCAGCAACUGUAAGUAUUGAAGCAUCCUCCGAUUUAUUAUACCUGCUCGCAAUCCCACCAUCACUCUAAUGAGAAAGCAAUCCACUUAAGAUUAGCAAAACAGGUCUCUUCUUUGUAUUUUGAUAAACUUGAAUUUGAUUCUUAAAUAAUUUCAUGUAUUCCACUUUUUGCACAGUAAACACCAAAACAUACAAAACAAUUAAAAACUAGACACAUAUAUACAUCACACACAUUCAUGACAUACUGAUACACACACCCCAGAACAUUUUUCCUGUAUUUACAUGUAAAAUAAUGUAGUGUAGAUAUGCGGCGAGAGAAUCGUGUACUAACAUGAUCUGUAUUGCCCCGUUUCAUAUUGUGGGUCACAAACUUAUCGUCUGAUUUAGCAAUCAUUGUCUCGAUUAGGGUCUACAAUAUACCCUUACUUGCGCUAAAUCUAUUGCUUGCAGUGGCCGUAAGCACGUUUUUCGAACUCUUAAUUAUAUAGCAUUUUUUGCUAUUUUGUUGAGGUCCCUUAAUAAUGAACCUUUUUAAACUCAUCAGAGAUUUUUCUGGCAACGUGAUUAAAGAGCUUCACAAUGAGACAUUCAUGAAUUUGCGGUCCCUCUUACGACUGUAAGUAUUAAAUUGGCUUCCUCAGCUUCCAAUGAUUUGGAAUAUUCCUCACAGUAUUUACCUCUGUAAGAGUAGCUAGGAAGGGUAUUUCUGUAGGGAAUAUUAUCGCAGAUGAUGGCACAUUUACCAAAAAAAAUUAUAUUCGAGAUGGAAAGUCGAAAAGCAACAUUACUUCUUGCGUCAUUCUACUGGAAAAGUUCCGGGAGAAAAUAGGUUUUUAUGUCCCUCUUCUUCAAACCUUUUCUUAGUGAAUGGGAAUGAUUUCAGUAAAUCUUCACUUGGCUGAAAUCCUCGCUAAAAGAUAUCAAAAUUAUACUCCUCUUUCAAAAAAAGUUUAUCCCUACCAGUAAAAAAUAUGAUUAGACUUUUGCCUUCACAAAGUUUGCUUUCCCAAACUGAAGCAUAAUAUCCUUCCUGGCUACCGAGGUCAGUGUGAAAUAACUUAUCGGCCCACUCUAUCGCUAUUUAGCCCAUGCAAACAGAAAUUAACGAGACGUUUCUCUUUUGUUGCAAACGGUUCUCCACAUUGAGUAACGAAAAGGUUUAUAACUUUCUUUCACAUCUGAUUUUUUUUUUUCACCUCCGAUGCUUGACUACUCAUUUUUUCCGAAUUGACUGUCAUGAAAAAAGGCCUCGCGUCAUGUGACACAAAAAUUGAUCCGUGAUUGGGUAAUUGCUUGCUUUGGUUCACGGAUCACAACAUUUGAAAAGUGGAAAAGCUCUGGACUGGGUACUUGACUACCAACUCCAAGAUUAAAUAUAUCACUCACUUUUCCUGAAAAAAUCAUACUAUAGUACAGCGAAUGCAGCAAUAUGUGGAAUAAAUAGCUAACAACGCAACAGUUGCGUGUAUUGUAAGGUGUUGGGGGCCAUUAUUUUUCUUUCAGACCAAUUCAAUGUUUCCUGCAGUUCUAGCUAAGAAUUAAGGUUUUCUGCACACAAGCUAACACAUCAGUAAAUAAAUCUCUUUCUCUGUUACUACAAACCCGAAAAAGAGACUCACUGAAUAUUUGGUUUCUUUUAUUCCCUCUAGGGAUCUAGGAUCGAAUGAAAUCGACCACAUUCUAUCAGAAGUAUUUUCAGAUCUAAAAAAGCUCCGUGUAUUGUGAGUUGAUAUUAGAAUAAGUAGUUUGUAAGGUAACUACAGGAGGUAACUUAAUGCGGAAAAAGUCAUGCGAAUAACAUUGUUAAAUCAUGUUACCAGAACUGUUAUUCUUCACACCUCUAAAAAUCUAAACUUAAAAUUUAAUAAUUAUUAUUAAUAUUAUUAUUAUUAUUAUUAUUACUAUUAUUAUUAUUACUAUAUAGGAUGAUCUUCCUUCAGUCGAUAAAUAGAUUCUGGGUGCAUAUGAGGCUCUAGCCUGAGAGCAAGUUCUCCGGGGCGCUCUGGCGGCAAGGCGGGAAAGGAAAGGAGAGCUUACAACUACGUCGCUGGAUUUUGAAUAUCUGCAUCGAAAAAGGCGAUGCCAAAUGGUGAUUGGCGGAGAAGACAUUAGUAAUAACAUCAUUACCCUUGGCACGUGUUUUUCAAUGGUUGUUUACAUUCGCACUCUUUUCCACUUCCCUCUGAUUGGGGGAAAUCUGACAGCUCAGGCAACGGGGAGCCACAGGGGAAUUGGAGGUGGAAUUCAAAUUCCAGGGGUGUAAUUGCAAGCUCCCCUUUCUUUUCCGCCCUGCCGACCGAGCGACCUGGAGAGCUUGGUCCCAGUCUAAUUAGGCUCAAGGAUAUAGGCCCAGGGUCAGCUAUCGCAUAAUAUUGUUCUUGCAAUCCAACCUUCAAUAAUGAGCACUUUUGCACAAGGGGAUCGUUUGAUGGGGCAGCAUGAAGGUUAAAACACAUGGCGUACCACAAGUGCUGUGUUCCAAACUGCAUUAUAAUAUUUUCAGAAAUGCAACUAUCCUUCGUUAUUAGAGUAUUCCUUAAAGACUCACCAGGUAUGUCUUUUACAGCUAGAAUAACCUUGAGGUAACUGGUGGCUUGCUACUGUCCGCAAUGCUUUUUCUCCUCCUUCUAAAGAUUCCUAGAGCCUAUGCAGUCUAGGUCAUACCAAUCCCCGGCCCGUUUAGAAAACGGGAGGAGACUCCCAUAUGAAAGGGUGGGGAUGCUCGUCGGAAAUUUUGAUUAAACCCCUGAAGGAGAUCAAUCUGUGCGAGACCCAACCUUUUUUGACCCCUAAAAGCGAUCAUUUUAAACUUUGAUUACAUGAAUCGAGUAAAUAAAACGAAUUGAACAUAUAUAACUUUUAAAUACUUCUUCGAGUGCAACCCUAAAAGAGACCUUUACGGUCAAAUAUAAUGGUGUUUUGCCCAGAACACCCUAAGCGAGACCAAAAUCUGAAAUUUACACCCCUAAGCGAGACGACGAGCAUCCCCGCUCCUAUCAAGUGGAAGUCCCCACCCCCCCUCCCAGGUUUAGAACAUGGCUGAUUGGCUAUUAAGGUGGUAGUUGUGAUGAAGAGAGUCGACCGUAAAGGAACUUUGUAAAAUGCAACUCUAAAAUCUUUCUUUUUUUAUCUUUCCCAAAAACGUUUCCCAAUUACAUGCACAUGCUCAUCCACAUAGCUAUGCAUUAAAACUGUUUUCAUUUGACAGAAAGCUUGAAUAUAAUAAAAUUAAAGACCUACCUGUGGGGACGUUUGGAGCACUAUCCAACCUACAAAUCCUGUAAGUAGAUCAAUACUUUACUCCGGCGAGCGCUAGAUUCAUGUUUCAGAGCUAGAGCACCUCAUCCUCAUUUGUUUGAAGGGAGAAGGAACAGAUAGAUUAUCAGUUAUCGAAAAAUAUCUUAUACACACUUAUUGAUAAGCUUUUUUUUUCAUAGUUUAUUUUAUACGCUCUUUUAAUUACAUGUUUAAGAACCUCAUGUUAUUCUGGGAAUCCAAUUUCAUUCAUUUGCCUAUCAGUAAGGAACGGGGUUCUUGUUUUUCCUACUCAAUUGUUUUUAAUCUCCCUUUAGUGAUUUUUAUAUUGCUUAUUUUGUUUUGCUGUUUUUAAAAGGAAUUUAGAGUCUAAUAGACUGCAGCAUUUACCAAAAGACGUUUUCAAAAAUCUGAGUACUUUGCAGCAACUGUAAGUAUUAAAGCAUCCUCCGAUUUAUUAUACCUGCUUGCAAUCCCACCAUCACUCAACUGAGAAAGGAAUCCACUUAAGAUUAGCAAAGCAGGUCUCUUUUUUGUAUUUUAAUAAACUUGAAUUUAAUUCUUAAAUGAUUUCAUGUAUCCCACUUUUUGCACAGUAAAUACCAAAAAAUACAAAACAAUUAAAAACUACACAUAUAUACAUCACACACAUUCGUGACAUACUGAUACACACACCCCAGAACAUUUUUCCUGUAUUUACAUGUAAAAUAAUAUAAUGUAGAUAUGCGGCGAGAGAAUCGUGUACUAACAUGAUCUGUAUUGCCCCGUUUCAUAUUGUGGGUCACAAACUUAUCGUCUGAUUUAGCAAUCAUUGUCUCGAUUAGGGUCUACAAUAUACCCUUACUUGUGCUAAAACUAUUGCUUGCAAUGGCCGUAAGCAUGUUUUUCGAACUCUUACUUAUAUAGCAUUUUUUGCUAUUUUGUUGAGGUCCCUUAAUAAUGAACCUUUUUAAACUCAUCAGAGAUUUUUCUGGCAACGUGAUUAAAGAGCUUCACACCGAGAUAAUCAUGAAUUUGCGGUCGCUCUUACGACUUUAAGUAUUAAAUUGGCUUCCUUAACUUCCAAUGAUUUGGAAUUUUCGUCACAGUAUUUACCUCUGUAAGACUGGCUAGGAAGGGUAUUUCAGCAGGGAAUAUUAUUGUAGGUGAUGGCGCAUUUACAAAAAUUUAUAUACAGGAUGGAAAGUCGAAAAUGCAACAUUACUUCUUGCGUCAUUCUACUUGAUGAGUUCCGGGAAAAAAUAGGAUUUUAUGUCCCUCUUCUUCAAACCCUUUCUUACUGAAUGGGAAUGAUUUCAGUAAAUCUUCACUUGGCUGAAAUCCUCGCUAAAGGAUAUCAAAAUUAUACUCCUCUUUCAAAAAAAAGGUCAUCCCUACCAGUAAAAAAUAUGAUUAGACUUUUGCCUUCACAAAGUUCGCUUUCCCAAACUGAAGCAUAAUAUCCUUCCUGGCUACCAAGGUCAGUGUGAAAUAACUUAUCGGCCCACUCUAUCGCUAUUUAGCCCAUGCAAACAGAAAAUAACGAGACGUUUCUCUUUUGUUGCAAACGGUUCUCCACAGUGAGUAAUGAAAAGGUUUAUAACUUUCUUUCAUAUUUGAUUUUUUUUUUCACCUCCUAUGCUUGACUACUCCUUUUUUUCGUAUUGACUGUCAUGAAAACAGGCCUCGCGUCAUGUGACACUAAAACUGACCCGUGAUUGGGUAAUUGCUCGCUUUGAUUCACGGAUCAAAACAUUUGAAAAGUGGAAAAGCUCUGGACUGGGUACUUGACUACCAACUCCAAGAUUAAAUAUAUCACUCACUUUUCCUGAAAAAAUCAUACUAUAGUACAGCGAACGCAGCGAUAUGUGGAAUAAAUAGCAUACAACGCAACAGUUGCGUGUAUUGUAAGGUGUUGAGGGCCAUUAUUUUUCUUUCAGUCCAAUUCAAUGUUCGCUGCAGUUCUAGCUAAGAAUUAAGGUUUUCUGCACACAAGCUAACACAUCAGUAAAUAAAUCUAUUUCUCUGUUACUACAAACCCGAAAAAAAGACUAACUGAAUAUUUGGUUUCUUUUCUUCCCUCUAGGAAUCUUGUAUGGAAUAAAAUCGAUCACAUUCCCUCACACGCAUUUUCAGAUCUAAAAGAGCUCCGUGUAUUGUGAGUUGAUAUGAGAAUAAGUAGUUUAUAAGGUAACUGCAGGAGGUAACUUAAUGCGGAAAACGUCAUGCGAAUAACAUUGUUAAAUCAUGUUACCAGAACUGUUAUUCUUCACACCUCUAAAAAUCUAAACUUAAAGUUUUAUUAUCAUUAUUAUUAUUAUUAUUAUUAUUAUUAUUAUUAUUAAUAUUAUUAUUAUUAUUAUUACUAUUAUUAUUAUUAUAUAGGAUGAUCUUCCUUCAGUCGAUAAAUAGCUUGUGGGGGCAUAUGAGGCUCUAGCCUGAGAGCAAGUUCUCCGGGGCGCUCUGGCGGCGGGGCGGGAAACGGAAGGAGAGCAUACAACUACGUCGCUGGUUUUGGAAUAUCUGCAUCGAAAAAGGCGAUGCCAAAUGCUGAUUGGUGGAGAAGACAGUAGUAAUAACGUCAUUACCCUUGGCACGUGCUUUUCAAUGGUUGAUUACAUUCGCACUCUUUUCCACUUUCCUCUGAUUGCGGGAAAUCUGACAGCUCAGUCAACGGGGAGCCACAGGGGAAUUGGAGGUGGAAUUCAAAUUCCAGGGGUGUAAUUGCAAGCUCCCCUUUCUUUUCCGCCCCGCCGACCGAGCGACCUGGAGAGCUUGCUCCCAGUCUAAUUAGGCUCAAGUAUAUAGGCCCAGGCUCAGCUGUUGCAUAAUAUUGUUCUUUCAAUCCAACCUUCAAUAAUGAGCACUUUUGCACGAGAGGAUCGUUUGCAGGGGCAGCAUGAAGGUUAAAAAACAUGGCGUACCACCAGUGCUGUGUUCCAAACUGCAUUAUAAUAGUUUUAGAAAUGCAAGUAUCCUUCGUUAUUACAGUAUUCCUUGAAGACUCACCUGGUAUGUGUUUUACAGCUAGAAUAACCUUGAGGUAACAGGUGGCUUGCUACUGUCCGCAAUGCUUUUUCUCCUCCUUCUAAAGAUUCCUAGAGCCUAUACAGUCUCGGUCAUACCAGUCCCCGGCCCGUUUAGAAACCAGGGGGAGACUCCCAUAUGAAAGGGGUGGGGAUGCUCGUCGGAAAUUUUGAAUUAAACCCCUGAAGGAGAUCAAUCUGGGCGAGGCCCAACCUUUUUUUGACCCCUAAAGGCGAUCAUUUUCAACUUUGAUUACAUGAAGCGAGUAAAUAAAACGAAUUGAACAUAUAUAACUUUUUAAUACUUCUUUGAGUGCAACCCUAAAAGAGACCUUUACGGUUAAAUAUAAUGGUGUUUUGCCCAGAACACCCUAAGCGAGACCAAAAUCUGAAAUUUACAGCCCUAAGCGAGACGACGAGCAUCCCCGCCCCUAUCAAGUGGAAGUCCCCCCGUCCCCCCCAGGUUUAGAACAUGGCUGAUUGGCUAUUAAGGUGGUAGUUGUGAUGAAGAGAGUCGACCGUAAAGGAACUUUGUAAAAUGCAACUCUAAAAUCUUUCUUUUUUUAUGUUUCCGAAAAACGUUUCCCAAUUACAUGCACAUGAUUAUCUACAUAACUAUGCAUUAAAACUGUUUUCAUUUCACAGAAAGCUUGAAUUGAAUAAAAUUGAAGACCUACCUGUGGGGACGUUUGGAGCACUAUCCAACCUACAAAUCCUGUAAGUAGAUCAAUACUUUACUCCGGCGAGCGAUAGAUCCAUGUUUCCGGGCUAGAGCACCUCAUCCUCACUUGUUUAAAGGGAGAAGGAACAUAUAGAUUAUCAGUUAUCGCAAAAUAUCUUAUACACACUUAUUAAUAAGCUUUUUUUUUUCAUAGUUUAUUUCAUGCGCUCUUUUAAUUACAUGUUUGGGAACCUCAUGUUAUUUUGUGAAUCCAAUUUCAUUCAUUUGCCUAUCAGUAAGGAACGAGGUUUUUCUUAGGCAAUUGUUUUUAAUCUUCCUUUAGUGAUUUUUAUAUUGCUUAUUUUGGUUUGUUGUUUUUAAAAGGAAUUUAGAGUCUAAUAGACUGCAGCAUUUACCAAAAGACAUUUUCAAAAAUCUGAGUACUUUGCAGCAACUGUAAGUAUUAAAGCAUCCUUCGAUUUAUUAUACCUGCUCGCAAUCCCACCAUCACUCAACUGAGAAAGCAAUCCACUUAAGAUUAGCAAAACAGGUCUCUUCUUUGUAUUUUGAUAAACUUGAAUUUGUUUCUUAAAUAAUUUCAUGUAUUCCACUUUUUGCACAGUAAAUACCAAAACAUACAAAACAAUUAAAAACUAGACACAUAUAUACAUCACACACAUUCGUGACAUACUGAUACACACACCCCAGAACAUUUUUCCUGUAUUUACAUGUAAAAUGAUAUAAUGUAGAUAUGCGGCGAGAGAAUCGUGUACUAACAUGAUAUGUAUUGCCCCGUUUCAUAUUGUGGGUCACAAACUUAUCGUCUGAUUUAGCAAUCAUUGUCUCGAUUAAGGGUCUACAAUAUACCCUUACUUGUGCUAAAACUAUUGCUUGCAGUGGCCGUAAGCAUGUUUCUCGAACUCUUACUUAUAUAGCAUUUUUUGCUAUUUUGUUGAGGUCCCUUAAUAAUGAACCUUUUUAAACUCAUCAGAGAUUUUUCUGGCAACGUGAUUAAAGAGCUUCACACUGAGAUAAUCAUGAAUUAGCGGUCGCUCUUACGACUUUAAGUAUUAAAUUGGCUUCCUUAGCUUUCAAUGAUUUGGAAUUUUCGUCACAGUUUUUACCUCUGUAAGACUGGCUAGGAAGGGUAUUUCAGCAGGGAAUAUUAUUGUAGGUGAUGGCGCAUUUACAAAAAUUUAUAUACGAGAUGGAAAGUCGAAGAUGCAACAUUACUUCUUGCGUCAUUCUACUGGAAAAGUUCCGAGAGAAAAUAGGAUUUUAUGUCCCUCUUCUUCAAACCUUUUCUUACUGAAUGGGAAUGAUUUCAGUAAAUCUUCACUUGGCUGAAAUACUCGCUAAAGGAUAUCAAAAUUAUACUCCUCUUUCAAAAAAAAGGUCAUCCCUACCAGUAAAAAAUAUGAUUAGACUUUUGCCUUCACAAAGUUCGCUUUCCCAAACUGAAGCAUAAUAUCCUUCCUGGCUACCGAGAUCAGUGUGAAAUAACUUAUCGGCCCACUCUAUCGCUAUUUAGCCCAUGCAAACAGAAAAUAACGAGACGUUUCUCUUUUGUUGCAAACGGUUCUCCACAGUGAGUAAUGAAAAGGUUUAUAACUUUCUUUCAUAUUUGAUUUUUUUUUUCACCUCCUAUGCUUGACUACUCCUUUUUUUCGAAUUGAGUGUCAUGAAAACAGGCCUCGCGUCAUGUGACACAAAAAUUGAUCCGUGAUUCGGUAAUUGCUUGCUUUGGUUCAGAGAUCAAAACAUUUGAAAAGUGGAAAAGCUAUGGACUGGGUACUUGACUACGAGCUCCAAGAUUAAAUAUAUCACUCACUUUUCCUGAAAAAAUCAUACUAUAGUACAGCGAACGCAGCGAUAUGUGAAAUAAAUAGCUAACAACGCAACAGUUGCGUGUAUUGUAAGGUGUUGAGGGCCAUUAUUUUUCUUUCAGACCAAUUCAAUGUUCGCUGCAGUUCUAGCUAAGAAUUAAGGUUUUCUGCUCACAACUAAAAUAUCAGUAAAUAAAUCUAUUUCUCUGUUAAUGCAAACCCGCAAAAGAGACUCACUGAAUAUUUGGUUUCUUUUCUUCCCUCUAGGAAUCUAGGACUGAAUAAAAUCGACCACAUUCCGUCAGACGCAUUUUCAGAUCUAAAAGAGCUCCGUGUAUUGUGAGUUGAUAUGAGAAUAAGUAGUUUAUAAGGUAACUUCAGGAGGUAACUUUAUGCGGAAAAAGUCAUGCGAAUAACAUUCUUAAAUCAUGUUACCAGAACUGUUAUUCUUCACACCUCUAAAAAUCUAAACUUAAAGUUUUAUUAUCAUUAUCAUUAUUAUUAUUAUUAUUAUUAAUAAUAUUAUUAUUAUUAUUACUAUUAUUAUUUUCAUUAUAUAGGAUGAUCUUCCUUCAGUCGAUAAAUAGCUUGUGGGGGCAUAUGAGGCUCUAGCCUGAGAGCAAGUUCUCCGGGGCGCUCUGGCGGCGGGGCGGGAAACGAAAGGAGAGCUUAUAACUACGUCGCUGGAUUUUGAAUAUCUGCAUCGAAAAAGGCGAUGCGAAAUGGUGAUUGGCGGAGAAGACAUUAGUAAUAACGUCAUUACCCUUGGCACGUGCUUUUCAAUGGUUGUUUACAUUCGCACUCUUUUCCACUUCGCUCUGAUUGCGAGAAAUCUGACAGCUCAGUCAACGGGGAGCCACAGGAGAAUUGGAGGUGGAAUUCAAAUUCCAGGGGUGUAAUUGCAAGCUCCCCUUUCUUUUCCGCCCCGCCGACCGAGCGACGUGGAUGAUUAGGCUCAAGUAUAUAGGCCCAGGCUCAGCUGUUGCAUAAUAUUGUUCUUUCAAUCCAACCUUCAAUAAUGAGCACUUUUGCACAAGGGGAUCGUUUGCAGGGGCAGCAUGAAGGUUAAAAAACUUGGCGUACCACAAGUGCUGUGUUCCAAACUGCAUUAUAAUAGUUUCAGAAAUGCAACUAUCCUUCGUUAUUACAGUAUUCCUUAAAGACUUUCCUGGUAUGUGUUUUACAGCUAGAAUAACCUUGAGGUAACAGGUGGCUUGCUACUGUCCUCAAUGCUUUUUCUCCUCCUUCUAAAGAUUCCUAAAGCCUAUGCAGUCUCGGUCAUACCAGUCUUCUGCACGUUUAGAAACCGGGAGGGACUCCCAUAUGUAAGGGGUGUGGAUGCUUGUCGGAAAUUUUAAAUUAAACCCUUGAAGGAGAUCAGUCUGGGCGAGGCCCAACCUUUUUUUGACCCCUAAAAGCGAUCAUUUUGAACUUUGAUUACAUGAAUCGAGUAAAUAAAACGAAUUGAACAUAUAUAACCUUUUAAUACUUCUUUGAGUGCAACCCUAAAAGAGACCUUUUCGGCUAAAUAUAAUGGUGUUUUGCCCAGAACACCCUAAGCGCGACCAAAAUCUCCACCCCUAUCAAAUGGAAGUCCCCCCCUGGUUUAGAACAUGGCUAAUAGGCUAUUGAGAUGGUAGUUGUGAUGAAGAGAGUCGACCGCAAAGCUUUUUUUUUUGAGAGUUUAUUUCAUGCGCUUUUUUUAAUUACGUGGUUUGAUAACUUGGUGUUAUUCUGUGAAUCCAUUUUUAUUCAUUAAUUUGCCUUUCAGUAAGGAACAGGGUAUUUACUAGGCAGUUGUUUUUAAUCGCCCUUUAGUGAUUUUUUAUUGCUCAUUUUGGUUUGUUGUUUUUAAAAAGGAAUUUAGACUGUAAUAGACUGCAGCGUUUACCAAAAGACAUUUUCAAAAAUCUGAGUAUUCUGCAGCAACUGUAAGUAUUAAAGCAUCCUCCGAUUUAUUAUGCCUGCUCGCAAUCCCACGAGCACACAACUGAGAAAGUAAUUCACUUAAGAUUUCCAAAACAGGUUUCUUUUUUGUAUUUUGAUAAACUUGAAUUUGAUUUUUAAAUAAUUUCAUGUAUUCCAAUGUUUUGCACAGUAAACACCCAAAAAUACAAAACAAUAAAAAACAAGACGUGUAUACAUCACACUCACUCGUAGCAUUACUAAUACACACACCCCAGAACAUUUUUCCUCUAUUUACAUAUAAAAUAAUUUAAUGCAGAUAUGCGGUGACAGAAUUGUGUUCUGAUCUGAUCUGUAUUGCCCCAUUUCAUAUUGUGGGUCACAAACUUAUCGUCUGAUUUAGCAAUCAUCGUCACGAUUAGGGUCUACAACAUACCCUUAUUUAUGCUAAAUCUACUGCUUUGCAGUGGGCGUAAGCAUGUUUUUCGAACUCUUACUUAUAUACCAUUUCUUUUUAUUUUGCUGAGGUCCCUUAAUAAUGACAUAUGUUUUCCUGACAACUUGAUUAAAGAGCUUCACAAUGAAACAUUCAUGAAUUUGCGGUCUCUCUUACGACUGUAAGUAUUAAAUUGGCUUUUUAGCUUUCAAUGAUUUGGAAUUUUUUCUCACGGUAUUUACCUCUUUAAGACUAACUAGGAGGGGUAUUUGAGCGGGGAAUAUUAUUGCAGAAAAUGGUGCAUUUACCAAGAAAUUAUAUUCCGGAUGAAAAGUCGAAAAUGCAACUUUACUUCUUGCGUCAUUAUACUGGAAAAUUUCCAGGAGGAUAUUAGGAUUUCAUGUCCCUCUUCUUCAAAACUUUUCUCAGUGACUGGGAAUGAUUUAUGCAAAUGAAAAACCGCUGUUCAUGAACUAAAUUUACUAGUCCCAAAUUUAGUUUACCAUUCGCCGGGUAAAUAAAAUGAGGUCACUAACUACAAUCCAUAAGCCAUGAAAAAAAAUCUUAAAUUUACCGAACGUACAUGUUCUUAAUCAUGAUUUAUCAAAUCUUGUCAAGUGUUCCAAAAGAGUUGCAGAUUAAGCAGAUGCAAGAGUUGUAGAGUAGACGAUCCGUUCCUUUAUUUACAGUUAAUUACUGCAUGCAGUUGCAUUGCAAACCUUUAUUUCAAAACAACUUGUUUAUCUGUGGCCUAAUAUAGACUGUUCACAGUCCCCUAUGUUUUCGUAAGAUCGUCAGGAUUGCUGGAGCAUUUAUCUUUACCACCGGCCAUAUUGGUUUCAUAUGCAGCGAGGGGGCGGGCGUCGGGCGUCGGGCGUCGGGCUUGAUCUCUUUCGAUCGUUAGCAACAAUUUUUUAACGCUCACAUACUUAAACUAGGCUAACUUAAAUUCCGUAAUUUCACUUUUUGUGUGUGUCCUUUCUAACAGUGAAAUGCAUUCACACGCGAUUGAGAGUCUUUAUUGG